UUAUCACAUCCAUUCCAAUGAUAUAUAGAACUUCAAUGAUAAUAUUUCUCAUGAUUGACCUUGUCUUUAUGUGAUUUGAGUUUAGUUAGUGUUGAUUGUGGUUCUGUGUUGUGUAGCAGCGUGUGUGUGUGUGUGUGUUUUGUUCAUUUUUUUGGUUUUUCCUCCCAACAAUUUGGGUUAGGAAAUUCGUCCAAUCAUACCAAAUAUUAUUAAACAAAAGCUUUCAGCCGUUUGUUCGAUUGACGACGACUUCGACAACAACAAACGGUCAUCUGAUAAGCAAGAAAAUCAAUCAUCUAAUCCAGAUAAUAAUAAGAAACAAAAUACCGUAAGAAUGCCAAACAUUAAAGUUUUUAGUGGAUCAUCUCAUCAAGAUUUGGCCAAAAAAACUGUCGAUCGUUUGGGUAUCGAUUUGGGAAAAGCUGUACUGAAAAAAUUCAGUAAUCAAGAGACAUGUGUUGAAAUUGGUGAAUCUGUUCGUGGUGAAGAUGUGUACAUAAUUCAAUCGGGCUGUGGUGAAGUGAACGAUAAUCUAAUGGAAUUAUUGAUCAUGAUUAAUGCCUGUAAAAUAGCUUCAGCUUCACGUGUUACAGCCGUUAUACCAUGUUUUCCAUAUGCACGACAGGAUAAAAAAGACAAGUCUCGAGCACCAAUCAGUGCAAAAUUGGUGGCAAAUAUGCUUUCGGUUGCUGGUGCCGAUCAUAUCAUCACUAUGGAUUUACAUGCAUCACAAAUUCAAGGCUUUUUCGAUAUACCAGUCGAUAAUCUGUAUGCUGAACCUGCUGUACUCAAAUGGAUUAAGGAAAAUAUUCCUGAAUGGAAAUCCUGUGUUAUAGUGUCACCCGAUGCUGGUGGAGCUAAACGUGUAACAUCAAUAGCUGAUCGUUUGAAUGUAGAUUUUGCAUUGAUCCAUAAGGAACGUAAACGUGCCAAUGAAGUUGCAUCGAUGGUAUUGGUUGGUGAUGUUAUGCAAAGAACGGCCAUUCUUGUUGACGAUAUGGCCGAUACAUGUGGUACUAUUUGUCAUGCAGCCGAAAAAUUGAAAGAAGCCGGUGCAUCAAAAGUUUAUGCCAUAUUAACACAUGGAAUAUUUAGUGGUCCAGCCAUACAACGUAUUGAAUCGACACCAUUAGAAGCAUUGGUUGUUACUAAUACAAUUCCACAGGAAAAGAAUAUGCGAGAUUGUUCCAAGAUUCAAUGCAUUGAUGGGGUGAUAAAUUUUUCAUUAUUUCAAAUCGAAUCAAUCAAUUUUAAUCGAAUCAAUCGAAUAGAUAUCACAUUUUAUUGCCGAAGCUAUACGUCGUAUACAUAAUUGUGAAAGUAUUGGAUCAUUAUUCCAGGAGGUACCAUUUUAAUCAUCAUCAUUAUCACCAUGUACUCUACAUGAUAGUGAAUAUUGGAAGCCAAAAAAAAAAAAAUAAAAACAAACAAACAGAUCGACAAAUCAAACGAGAACACGCACAAUCUUUUUUUUUCAUCGCCCGUUUAAAUUGUAAAAUUUUCGCUAAUCACAUUUCCUCUAAUCAACUAAAAAAAAUCUAAUCUUUUUACUUUUGGAUGCUGCCUCUCACGAAAUUUCUUUCCCACACACACACACACACACACACACGUUAAUUUUUAUUCACAAAAAAAAUUGUAUUGAUUAAA